AUGGAUAAUAAUAAUAAUUAUAAUAAUUUAUUUUUAAAAAUUUUUAGAAAUUUAAUAAUUAAAAAUUGUUUAUUUAAUCAAUUAAGGAUAAUUAAUAAUAAUUAUAAACAACAAUCAUUAACACUUUUUCAAUUAAAAAAUUAUAAAGGUGAUAUACAAUUAUUAAGAUCAAUUCAUUUAAAUUUAUCAAAUGAAGAUUAUGAAUUAGGUGGUGAUAAAUAUUCAUUAGAUACCAUUUUAAAGAAUACAAAUAUUGAAUGUUUAGAAUUUUCAAAUUCAUUUUCACCACUAAAUUUCGAAAAAGAUUUAAGUGAAAUUUUACCAACUCAUUCAUUGACCACAUUAAUAUUUAGUUCACAUUUCCGAUAUUACCUAUUAGAUCAAUCAAAAGGAUUUCAAAAAUUAAUUAAUUUAAAGAAAUUAAAAUUUAAAAAAGAUUCUUCAACAAUAACAAAUUAUAUUUAUCAUAAUAAUAUUGAUGGCGAUGAUGAUUUUAAUUUUGGAAUGACGAGGAAUAAUACACCAAAUAUAACAACAAUAACAAUUCCAAUUAAAUUACCAAAUAAAUUAGAAUAUUUUAAAUUAUCAGAUUUUUCAAAUAAAAUUUCAAAAGAGUCUUUCCAAUUUCCAAAUUCAUUGAAAACAUUAAGAUUAUCAAAUACUAGAAUUAAACAAUUUGAAAUUAUUUCAGAAUUACCAAAUUUAGAAAUACUUGCAAUUGGUAGAGAAUGUAUUAAAAGAGGUGAUAUUAAAAAACUUCCUCAAUCAUUAAAAACUUUGAAACUACUUAUACCAGAUCUAUUAUUUUAUUCAGAUAAUCAUAUUGGUAAAGAAAUACUCUCAAAUUCAAAUAUUCAAAUUUUAAAAAUUGGUAAUUCAAAAACAAAUCGUUUAUUUAAUAUUGAAUUUCAUAAUUUAAAUCAAAACCCAUCAUCAUCAUCAUCAUCAUGGUUUCCAUCAAGCUUAAAAGAAAUUCAAUUUUCAGAUUAUCAUGGAUUAGAAAAUAUUUUACCUUCUUUAAAUAAUUUAUUUAAUUUAUUUAAUAAUAAUGAAUUUAAUUAUAAUAAUGAAUUUAAUGAUAAUAAUGAUAAUAAUGAUAAUAAUGAUAAUGAUAAUUUUAUUGAUUUUAAACCAUUAAUAAAAUCAAUACAUUUUUAUAAAAAUUUAGAAUCAUCAAAAAGUAUUGAUUUUUUAAAUGAAUUCAUAAAUUUAGAAUCAUUAUCAUUUGAAGAUUGGAAUGGUAAUUUUAAAAAGGAAACGUUACCUAAAUCUUUAAAAAAGUUGAUUCUACCACACAGUUUUACAAAUUCAUUAGGUGAUGAUAUUUUACCAACUGGUUUAAUUCAUUUAGAAAUUGGUUCAAAAUUUAAUGAUGAAAGUUUUACCUAUGCUUUAAAUGGGCUAACUAAAUUGGAAAUCUUAAAAUUUAAAUCAUCUUCAUUAUUUAAUCAACCAAUUUCAGUAAUACCAAAAUCGAUUAAACUAUUACAUUUUGGUGAAAUGUUUAAUCAGAAACUAUCGAUUAAAGGUUGUGUGAAUUUGAAAUCACUGAAAUUCGGGCAGUUUUUUACCCAAAUUUUGACAAGGGAUCUUUUACCAUUGAAUGGCGAGACCAUUGAAGAGUUGGAGUUGACAAUAAGGGAUUUUCAUUUCGACUCAAUCCCACUAUCACAAUUACCAAUUACUAAACUUAAAUGUGCAAGAUACUUUAAUAGAGUAUUUGAAAUUGGCUAUUUACCAAGCACAACUUUGAAAUCCAUUGAAUUCUUUGACGACUACACUCAACAAAUACUUGAAAAUGCAUUACCAUCUUCAAUUGAAUCAAUAGUAUUUCAUAAAUCUUAUUUUAAAGAAUUUUCAAAUCAAUCUUUACCAAGUUCACUCAUUAGUCUAUCAUUCGAAUCUGGUUGUCCAAAACUUGAUAAUUUAUCAUUCCCAAAAUCAUUUACUCGUAUUUUAACUUCAAGAUAUAAUAGAAAAUUCAUUGAUAAUUUUUUUACAAAUCAUAAUAAUUUAUCACACCUUUUAAGGUUAUAUUAA